AUGGCGUCGAGCUACGACGACGCCAUGCUCGGCGAGCAUGGCCAUGGCGACCACGGCCAUGGCGACCACUCCCACGACUAUCACGCCCAGGACAUGCCCCCGCAUGCCGAUUCAAACUGGCAGAACGGUGGUCAAAUAUACAGAACUCGCACACCCGACAACGGCAGCUAUCGACCGCGGCCACCCGCCUCCGCACCAGGUACACCGAACCCCCCCGGAUGGACUGAGGACCAGCCGCCCCGCAAAAGUGCUGAGCGGAACAGGUCGCGAGGUCGAAGUGGGAGAUCCGCCAGCGGCCAGACAAGGACGUGCCAGGCGUGCGGUGAGCCCUUGACGGGUCAGUUUGUGCGAGCUCUUGAUGGAACAUUCCAUCUUGAUUGCUUCAAGUGCCAGGAUUGCGGGGAGAUAGUGGCCUCAAAGUUCUUCCCUGCCGAAGAUGAAAAUGGCCGGGGACAAUAUCCUCUGUGCGAAACCGACUACUUUCGUCGACUUGGCCUCCUUUGCUACCAGUGCGGGGGAGCGCUCCGCGGAUCCUAUAUCACGGCCCUAGACCGAAAGUACCACGUCGAUCAUUUUACUUGCUCAUUAUGCUCAACAAUAUUCGGCGCUCAGGAUAGCUAUUACGAACAUGACGGAAACGUCUACUGCCACUAUCAUUAUUCCACACAGUUCGCGCAGCAGUGCAAUGGCUGCCAAACAGCCAUUCUAAAGCAGUUCGUCGAGAUCUUCAGAAAUGGCCAAAACCAGCAUUGGCACCCCGAGUGCUACAUGAUUCACAAAUUCUGGAAUGUGCGGUUAGCGCAACCCACGGACGCGCGACCUGCGCUGGAAAGUUCGGACGAUGCUGCGGGCAGAGACCUCAUCCGUGUGGAGGAAGAGCGCAUGGAAGAGAAGGUGUUCCGUAUAUGGAGCGUCCUGUCGACCUUCGAAGAGUCCUCUGCUGCUUGCAUUUCUGACAUGCUGCUUCAUGUCAGCAAUGGCUCAUAUGUUGAGGGUGUUUUUGUUGCCAAGCGCUUUAUCUGGCACGUUGAAAUAUUGUUCCAGUCAGCAGAUCGCCUGGAUGAGACUAUGGUGGGCUUGAACGAAAAAGGGAUGUCAUACGGGCGGGAAGCCAAAUUAUUAUGCAAGAAGAUCGUUUCCUUCUUCUCUCUACUUUCCAAGACACAAGACAACGCUACUCACAAACUCGGUGUCACACAAGAGCUGCUGUCCCUUGUCACAGGUCUUGCCCAUUAUCUCAAGCUUCUAAUUCGAAUCUGCCUUCAGGGUGCCCUCCGUCUUGAGCGCGAAGCUAGCGCAUCCACAGGCCUGUACCAGUUCCUAGAUGAUUUGAGCGACCUUGACGCAGUAAAGAAUGAUGACGGUCAGCUGUCGGUGACUGCAAGCGGCGGAAAGCUCUCUGCCAACGACUCUGACCACUGCUCUCUUUGCCACAGGUCUGUUGAGGACGAGUGUGCCAAGAAUGGCGACCUGAGGUGGCACCUGAAUUGUGUUAAGUGCACAAGGUGCGGGCGAGAUGUUGGACGAUCGUUACAAGAGGCUUGUCUCAACGCAUUGGAUCGAAAGAUAUAUUGCACCAACUGUGCUGGAGCCAACGCCUUACCACUCGAGCACGUCUCAAAACUACAGCAAUAUGUUUUUCUACUUCGAGUCGCAUUGGCUCGGCUGUUGGAUAUUCUUAAAGCUAAUGGAACUCUCCCGCGAUCCAAAGAUGACACCGAUAAUAACGGAUAUGGUACAGGCGAUGGUCAGGGAAGUGACCCGAGGUCAAGAGGAGGAGACUCACAGUCACGUGGACCCGGUGGCAGCAAACGAGAGUCGUCUUAUGAGAACACUCUUAAUGAUGUACGCAGGCUACGCAGUACGCGACUGGAUAGGCACCUGUCGUCCAGUGCUCGACAAGCCCGAAGCUCUCGAGUGAUGGACACUGAUGGCAAGGGCCCUCGCCCAGGUUCAUCUGGUGAUGCCGGGCAGGGUCACGGUGCACAAGGCUCGACCGACAUUAUGUUUGGACAAAAUGAUGGUAUCACUUUAGAUGAUAUCUCACGGAUAGUUGCUGUCGAGCAGUCCCGAGAUCUGCAGCAGAAAGCACCACAGCCCUUUCAAGAUCGAUCGCUAGAUCCAUCAUCUUCAGACCAGGGUCAUCUGCGGACGCAGUCAGCCGACCGAGAGCGCACCGAAACAGUGCAAGAGCGAAUUGGGCGAAGGUUUUUCUCUGAACUUUCUGGUCUCGAGUACUUCAACGUCCGCCAUCUUGCCGUUCUCACCAUGCAGCCCAUGAUUGAGCAAGAAUUCUCACUGGAUGAACUACUGAGCUUCAUUGAGUCGCGUAAACAGGGGGUGACUUUCUGGAAGAAUAUCGGAAAAGCCUUUAAGAAUGAUAAGAGCAAGAACGUCAAGAAAAAAGGUGUGUUCGGUGUACCUCUCGAGAUAAUCAUCGAGAGGGAUGGUGCGGAAUCGACAGACGGUGUUGGUCCGGGCACGCUUCGAAUCCCAGCUGUUAUCGAUGACAUUGUGUCGUCGAUGCGUAAGAUGGAUCUCUCGGUUGAGGGCGUGUUCCGAAAGAACGGUAACAUCAAAAAGCAGCAAGGCCUGGUGGAUACCAUCAACGCUGAAGGUUGUGACGUGGUUAACUUUAUGGAGCAGCCCGUCGUUCAGCUUGCUGCGCUUCUCAAACGUUACCUGCGAGAUCUCCCAGAUCCGCUGAUGACUCACAAGCUAUACAGGCUAUGGAUCAGUGCAGCCAAGAUUUCGGACCCUGAGAAGAGAAAGCGGUGCCUGCACUUGACCUGCUGUCUCCUACCAAAGAGCCACCGAGACUGUCUUGAGAUUCUGUUCAGUUUCCUGAAGUGGGCUGGAACGUUUCACCAGCUGGAUGAAGACCUUGGUUCUAAGAUGGAUACGAGAAAUCUUGCCACCGUCAUUGCGCCUAAUAUCCUAACAAAUCCCAAUAGGGCACCUGCUUUAGAUAGCGAGGCUAUGUAUGUUAUUGAUGCCGUGGAAAUGAUGAUUACACAUAUCGAGGAAAUGUGCCAGGUUCCCGAUGAGAUCCUUGGUCUCAUGAACGACCCUUAUAUCUUUACCAACAGUGGAGACCUCACAACGAAGGAUAUUCUGAAGCGAUUCCAAGAUCGACGGGGACAGAUUUCUAUUGCUGAUGUAAACGAGGUCUACAACCGUCAGGAUAACUCCACCCGACCACCAGCUCGGCGAGUAGAAACUGACCCAGCAGUUUGGCAGGGUGAAGCCACUGUUCGCACGAUACAAGACCCUUCAAUGCCUAACCCCAGCAAUGGGCAUGGCACUCCCCCGUCGCGAUUCCGAGGACGAAACGAUCUGGGCAAUGCUUCGCCUUAUGGGGUCAACCAGUUCAACCAGUCGGACAGUCAGCUCGAUAGCGCCGAGCACAGCAGGAGGCGAGAAUGGCGUAACUCUGGUAUGGGACGUCAAGGCAGCGGACUUGGUGUGUCCGGCAACUCAUGA